CCAAAAAAUGGUAUAAAACGGGAAUCACUUCAGUUCUAAGAGCCAUUCUCUGGAAUUAUCAACUAGUUGUAGAUUGUAGUUGGACGAUCCUUUGACUGUAAACUUGAUCAAAAUGCGUUUCGCCCUCAUCGUGACCCUUUGCCUUGUCGGAGUUGCUUCUGCUGGCUCAUUGAACAAAAGAUUCAUCAGUGAAGAAACCUUCAAGCAACAAUCCGCUGAAUUCAAGGCAAGCCUUGACAAACUCCGAGAAGCUUUAUUGAACCGAUUCCAAAACAAUGGCGAUGCUGAAGUUACCGUUGAAAAGCGAGAUCUUCGAGAGUCAUUCAACCAGUUCAACAAAUUUGCUCAAACCAAAACUCAAGAAGCUUUCAACAACAUUCGACGAGUCAUUGACAAUUUGUUUAAGAAGAAUCCAUUCUUCGAUUCUGACGAUGAUGCUGAAGAUACAACUGAACGAACCAUUGUCAAGCGAAACAUCUUCCAACACCUUGAACGAAUGAACUCACAAGCUCAAGCUCAAGCUCAAAAAGUCUUCGAUGGUCUUCAACGAGCUUUCGCAAGCAUUUUCGUCCCAUUCAAGCCACAUCAUGGAAAUGAUGAUUCUGAAGAUUCAACUGAACGAUCAAUUUCAAAGCGAGAUAUCUUCGAACAUUUUGGACGAUUGAAUGAAUUGGCUCAAGCUCAAGCUCAAAAGGCUUUCUCUGAUCUUCAACGAGUUUUCGAUGACUUAUUCAAGAAGCACCCAGGAAGUCACGGAAUUGAAAUUGAAAUUGAAGACGGUGAAGUUACCACUGAACGAAUCAUUGAAAAGCGAGACAUCUUCGAUUUCUUCGGGAGAAUCAAUGAAAAGGCCCAAGACGAAGCCGCUAAGGUUUUCGCUCAACUCCAAAAGACUUUCGAAGAUAUCUUCAAGCACCACGAUGAUGAAGAUGAAGAUUCAACUGAAUCUAGCAUUGUAAAGCGAGACAUCUUUGAUUUCUUUGGAGAAAUCAACGAAAAGAUUCAAGACCAAGCUGGAAAAUUCUUCAACCAAUUCCACAAGCCAGGCCCAAAGCCAGCUCCAAAGCCAGUUGAAGAUGAUGAUGAAAUCGAAGUUGUAACCUCUGCUUAGACAAUCAACUAUUUAUAGUUAUCAUUAAAACCAGUAAUUUAAUAAACAAUUAUGAACAGUUGAAA